GAUUUAAUUGACAUCAUAUUGUUUUGUGCAGUCAGAUACAACUUACACAGCUGCUAUAUACACAUGUGUAUUAGCCAGAGGAUGAAGUCAGGGUUGUAAUAAGGUCAUCACUCCCUAAAACCAAGACCAGCUUUUUCAAUAUUUGUACAUCCGGCCCUCAGCCUGUGUGUAUAUAGCCCGAACAGAUUAACCGCAUGCAUACUGCUAUGUUUCUAACAUACACGGGAAAGUGGAUUUUCUUGCUGCAACAUAAACAACUAGUGGAAAUAUUUUUCAACCUAACAAAACCGACCAUCCAUUGAGGGAGUUUUACUUGUACUGUGAGUGAAGAGUGGUAAAGUGCCCUGAGCCACCUCCCCAGGGUCCCGAAGUUGGAGCUGUGUGGACUGCUAACACUACAGAUAGGGAAAGUGAUGGCAGACUGAGAAAGUUGCACUGUGUGUGUUUGGUAGGGAGAUUAAAUUUCACCCCUGGGCUUGGCUCAAGAAUUUGGCACUUGCAUUACUGAGUACAUUCUGUGUGUAAGUCUCCUCCUCCAUGUUGGUUGGAGUUAGAGGAAGUUUUUGUCCCAAGUUAACAGAUGUGGAAGGGAUACAUUUCCUGAUGGCUAUGAUGAGUUUAGUCUACAGAGAAUUAUUACUGGAACAGUUCUGAGUUCCCAGGAUUAAUUGUUUUGUGUAUUUUGUUGUGUGAUCUAGUGUACAUGUUGUGGCUGGCUCCAAGUUUCCAGUGAGGUUUUUUUUCUUCUGUCUGGCGGUAAACUAACCCCAUUUCCUGUGAUUUGAAUUGGAGUUUGCGAGUACUAAAACAUCUGUGCCAUAUUUUGCCUGGAGGUUGUGGGAAUAUAUCAAUUAAGUGUUGUUUGUUGAAUUUACAUGCCGUCUCAUUGGAGGACCUGAUUAAAUUUAACCCACAUGGCAUCAACAACGGUAACAAACCCCGCCCCUGCACCUGCUUCCACUGGCUCAAGGGGCCCCGCCCCACCUCUCCCCGAAAAACCUCCCUCUGUAGCAGAACGAACACGCCUUCUUCGAUCAAGUUUCCGAAAGGAGGAAGCAGAAAAACCAAAAGUGGGAGACAGUCGAGCAAGUCCCGUAUCAGACCGGAGCACCACACUACCACCGUCUAAUAGUAAUGGCACCACAAAUGGUGACAAAUCUGAAUCGCCUUCCCCUGCUAGCAGCGUAGGGUCCAUGACUGGGGUGGGUCGGUACACCAGCGACAAACCUCCACCUGCCCCCAUACAGAUGGAAAACAAGGAGAUCCAGCAACCAGUUAUUAAUGCUGCCAAACGGGAGGCCUUCUUUAAAGGUGGUGACCCAUCAGCACCACUGCCAAAAUUUGAUCCAAGUUCUCGUUUCGGAGUAGAUCGUGAACGAAUUCAGGAACCUCCACGCAAGGAAGUAGACCAUGGCAAAGACAAGGACAAAAAAUAUGGGGAUGGUACAAAGGAAUUAGAUGGUUAUGUUGGAUUUGCAAGUUUACCCAAUCAAGUGUAUAGGAAGUCGGUCAAGAAAGGAUUUGAAUUCACGCUAAUGGUUGUGGGUGAAUCUGGCUUAGGAAAAUCAACCCUGAUCAACUCCUUGUUCCUGUCUGACCUGUACUGUGCAGAAUAUCCCGGGCCAUCCCAUCGGAUACAGAAAACAGUCAAGGUUGAGACAACAAAAACAGUACUGAAGGAGAACGGAGUUCAGUUACAGCUAACUGUUGUGGACACACCAGGUUUUGGAGACGCGGUAGACAAUAGUAACUGUUGGCAGCCGGUCAUUGACUUCAUCGAUAGCAAAUAUGAUGAUUACCUCAAUUCUGAGUCCCGAGUCAGUAGGAUCACAAUGCCUGAUUACAGAGUGCACACGUGUCUGUACUUCAUCGCCCCGACAGGGCACGGGUUAAAACCAUUAGAUGUAGAAUUUAUGAAAAGACUUCAUGACAAAGUGAACAUCAUCCCUCUGAUCGCCAAGGCCGACACACUCACACCAGACGAAUGUAGAGAGUUCAAGAAGACUAUUUUAAAUGAAAUUGCCCGCCAUAAGAUCAGGAUAUAUGAGUUUCCAGAAUGUGAUGAUGAUGAGGACAGUAAAAUACAGAAGAAAUUAAGGGACAGAGUACCAUUUGCUGUGGUGGGGAGCAACAGAGUAAUAGAGGCUGGAGGAAAGAGAGUGCGGGGCAGACAGUACCCCUGGGGCCUUGUCGAGGUCGAAAACUUGGAGCACAAUGAUUUCAUAGCCCUCCGAAAUAUGCUCAUCAGAACACACAUGCAAGACUUGAAGGAUGUUACGAAUAAUGUCCAUUAUGAAAAUUACCGAUACAGCAAAUUAGCACCCUCUACUGGAGACAGUAAACAGAUCAAGCCAGGCUCAAUGUCAAAAGACCCAUUGUCACAAAUGGCAGAGGAGAAGCGUGAACAUGACAACAAGAUGAAGAAGAUGGAGGCAGAAAUGGAGCAGGUAUUUGAGAUGAAAGUCAAGGAGAAAAAACAGAAGCUCAAAGACUCUGAGGCAGAUUUACAAAGACGGGCAGAACAGAUGAAGAAGUCCUUAGAACAACAGCAGAAGGAACUUGAUGACAGGUGGAAGCAGUUUGAGAAGGAAAAAACCACCUGGGAGGAUUCUGUAGGCCUUACUGGCAAGGGAUCAUCAGAGAAUAUAUCAGUGAAAAAAGACAAAAAGAGGUUAUUCUAAGAGGAAGGAAGUAAAAUUGGAGAUUCCUUGUUUUUACUCAGACGGUACAAUUUGGACCAAUAACAUCUGACCAAUUUGGUGACAAGAAAGUUUAAAUACUGCACAGGCGAUCAGGAUUCAAGUGUUUAGUGUAUUGAGACAAUAUACAAGUUAGCCGUUCCUUAGAGAAAAAUGGACUUUACAGAAUAAUGGCAAACACAAGGAUUGAUGGUAAUGGAGAAGACUUGCUCAUAGUUUUGCACCUAACAAGGUCACAAAAGGACCCGACAGACUUCCUGGUCACAUGUCAAAGGAUUUCAUUAGAAACAAAAUAACUGGUUUUAAGGAGGUUUGCUUUGGUACCUCUGAUUGGUUGCCUGGUUGAUUUGGCAGCUUAUGCCCCGAGGGUUAAGUCACCUUUGACCUUUCAAUUUUCAAGUGGACUUGAGCAUUAUUUAGCUGUACAUUAUUAUAAUAGACUCAUUGUUUAUGUAUUGUGUAAAACAAUUUGUCAACUUUUAUAUGAUCGAUUGUCAGAUCAUUUUUCGUGUUUUAAUCUACUGCUGUCACAGAGAGAAAGUAACCGCCCUAAUACCACCAGACACUCUUCCUCCCUGCAGGACCAGGCAUUGAAGGCAUUGUCUGUGUACGUCCCAAGGGCGAGGCAUUGUAUGUAAUGAUUGUGCUUGCCGUAGAGGUCAAGUAUUCAAUGUUGUGUCUGUGCUUGCCCUUUGGGCCAGGCAUUGUAUGUGAUUUGUUUAGUUAUCAGGCACUGAAUGUAGUGUAUUACCAUGCCUUAGAGACCAGGCAUUAAAUGUGAUGUCUGUUUGCUGUAGGGGCCUGGCAUUGAAUGUAAGGUCUGUUUGCUGUAGGGGCCUGGCAUUGAAUGUAAGGUCUGUUUGCUGUAGAGGCCAGGUAUUGAAUGUGAUGUCUGUUUGCUGUAGAGGCCAGGCAUUGAAUGUGAUGUCUGUAUUUGCCCUAGGGACCUGACAUUGGCUGUGUUUGGCUUGGGGAUCAGGCAAUGAAUGUGAUACCAGUGUUUGCCUCAGGAACCUGAUAUGGAAUACAAUGGCUGUGUUUGCCUUAGGUGCCAGCAUUGAAUGUAAAGUCAGUGUUUUCCCUGGAUGCCAGCCUUCACAUGUUGUGUCUGUGCUUUCCCUGGAUGCCAGCCUUUACAUGUUGUGUCUGUGCUUUCCCUGGAUGCCAGCCUUUACAUGUUGUGUCUGUGCUUUCCCUGGAUGCCAGCCUUUACAUGUUGUGUCUGUGCUUUCCCUGGAUGCCAGCCUUUACAUGUUGUGUCUGUGCUUUCCCUGGAUGCCAGCCUUUACAUGUUGUGUCUGUGCUUUCCCUGGAUGCCAGCCUUUACAUGUUGUGUCUGUGCUUUCCCUGGAUGCCAGCCUUUACAUGUUGUGUCUGUGCUUUCCCUGGAUGCCAGCCUUUACAUGUUGUGUCUGUGCUUUCCCUGGAUGCCAGCCUUUACAUGUUGUGUCUGUGCUUUCCUAAGGGCAGGGCAUUGAAGAUAGCAUCUAUUUCCACUUUUUUAACACGCUUUAACAUUUAACAAAAUGUCUGUGAUGUUGAUGCCUGCAUUAGUAUCACACUUCAGUGCAGGGACCAUGGUAUUGUCAGAAGAUUAGUGCCUGCCCAGUAAAACAGGUGACAUUUACAAUUCACUGCAUACAUAUUGAUGCUUACAUUAAAUAUUUGUUGGUAUAAAAUUCGCCAAGCUUCCUAGAUGCACCAUUCUCUAGUAAUGUGUUUGCUCCGUAUAGACUGGAACAUAGUGAUGUUUUGUGUUGAUGACCCAUAGGCUAACUGUUUUAUACAAUAAGUUUUUCUAUGCAGUUUUGUAACUUAAUCUUUGAAUAGUUCUGCUGUGUGUACUAGUAAUAGUUCAUCAAUGCUUCCGAGAUUCUAUACUGCAAUGUAAAAUCACCAUUUUGCCAAAAUAGCUGCUUUAGGUAUACCUGUGUGUGCAUUUAGAAAACCUACAUCUACCCGGUAUGUGUGCUACUCUAUCAUAGUUCUAAAUAAUAAUCAAAAAUCUUUAUAGAAAAACAAACCUGUUAGUUAAAUGACACUAGCUUUUUGGGAAACUCCUAUUAUGUAGAGAAAUGUUAGGAACCUUGUGUUCUAGCAGCAGCUUGGCACAAACGUUUCAUAGAUAUUCUUGCCAAUUUUUCUAUUUAUGGGAAAAUAGGAGAACUUUAAUGUACUCAUCACGCCCAGAGGGAUGUUGUUAUAAGACAUUGAUCCAGUCAAACUGACACCAUAUGUUUACUUUUAGCAUGCUACAGGAUAUCCUUUUAAUUCUUUAGAAUGCAAAAUCAAUUCCUCAUCAUGACAGAAUUAAAUUGGUGCACUACUUUAACUUACGUUGUACUUUCCAUUAUCAUUGGUCAGAUUGUCCUUUCCAAAUAAUGAUUUGGAUAUAACCAGUGGAAAAACCCAUCAGGAUCCUAUCCUGUAUAUCAACACAUACUACAUGUAUUAAUAUUACAAAGGUGACUGAUGAUGGUUUCAUAUUGAGUGAUUGUUGUUUAAAUUCUGUAAAUCUCAGAAUUAAAGCAUAACAAGCUGAAGCUUGUAUUUCAUUAAAACUUGAAAUUAACAAUUGUUAAAUAACAUGAUAGACAAUAAUUGUUAAAUAACAUGAUAGACAAUAAUUGUUAAAUAACAUGAUAGACAAUAAUUGUUAAAGUUCUUUUUACCACAAUUAUUUUUGACAUUGUCAAGAGAUUAACAUUGGUAUUUUAUCAGCAAGUUGGUUCACACUGUAAUUUGUGUGGUGUGAUAUAUUUGUAAAUUGACAUGUCACACAGCUUUGUUUACAGCAGAUAUGCAAAUAACAUUUCAUAAUACUUAAUUCUUAAUUAGUUCUGAAUGUUGGUAAAGGCAACCAGUAAAGUGUUUAGAAUGUUAGGAAAGGUAACUUUGUGACAUGUAAAUUUAAAAAUCAAUUUUUGUAUUUCAUCGAAUAAAUGUCUAAUGGAGAAUCAGAAUGUCAUGGGAUGCAAAUCUUCAAACUGCCAGGAAACAUAGGUCAGUAUUUUAUCUGAUCAAAGUGACCAAAUAUAUUUAUCAACUGAUUUAACAUUUAAAAAACACUUCUGCCAGACAAGUGGUAGAUCACAACUCUCUUGAUCAUAGAUAUCAAUUAGAAAGAAAUAAAAGUUUGUAAGAUUAAAAUCCUUUCUUGUUUAACAUUUCAAACAGAGAAUUCUGUGACUUUCUAAAGAUAAAAAUUCUACUUUAUUUAAUAUACAAGUAUCUACAUUUGUUUUUGAUCAUGUAUUUGUUAAACCUAUUUAAAAGUCAUACUGCAUAUACAUAUUUUUAUGCCAGAGCUAUAUGUAUUAUCUUCAAGCCUAAUCAGCCAGGUAAACCUGUCUAUAUAUCCUGACUUAUACAAAGAUAUAGGGUCCAAUAGUGUCGUUACACUGUAACAUUCAACCAUAUGAAUUAUCAUGGAUCUCUAUAUUUGCAUAGUCUUUUGUGUACACCAUUUUUAUUUAUGAUUGUAAUAUUCAUACUUAAUUUGUAAAACAAAGUAUUAUUAGUAAGUGUCCUCUGUAAACGAUGUAGAAUGUGUAAGCCUUAUUGUUAUUUUGUCUUUGUUUGAUGGUUGUUUUCUGUGGUAAUGUAGUCUUGAUUUUAUACGCAGUUUUUAACAAUUAACACAUAUUUGUUUCUCAUGCCAUCGUAUAUAUGUGUAAAUGCAUUUAUUUUUGUUUUCAUAAACUUUCUCGCAAUAACUCCAAUGUGAUCUAAUGCAAUUCCUCUGAUUUCUUUUGUGUUACUUAUCUACUAAUCAGGGAUUUUUGUAAUAAAAUAAUUCCGAUGAUUUGGGAAAAUCCAUCUGGAAAAGUCAUAGUUCAAGUGAGUGUUGAAUAUAUCUGAAAGUUUACAAAAAAAAAUUUUUUUUUAGCUUCAUACUUGUUAUCAUUUUACCAGAUUGAUGGACUAUAUGUAAAUUGCAAUAGUUUAGUGGGUUUUAAGUACAUACAUCCUAGUAGACAAAUCAAAAGUUCAUAAAACAUCUAGUCAAAAUCAUUGUCAUUUAAGAUCAAACAUUGAAAUUUUAGCACUACUGUCAUUACUUAAGAAGACUGAAGUUUUGUGAUAAUUCCUUGUCUAGCCAUUUAGGCUUUACCCAUUCUUGUUUUGGAAUGUAAUGUGUACUACAUACAGGCAGUAUGAAAUAAAUGAACAGCAUGGGGACACAUUCACUUAUUAUUUUGAUUUGGUCAGGGAGUCAGUGUGAGCUCGUACAAGUAACUAGUAAAAAAAAUGUGUAAGAGCCAAUAUUUUCUUACUAUUAGGGAUAAGGUCGUACAUUUUAAUACUUCUUAGGGGUCGGAACGUAGCUCUGCUUAUAGAACAAGUAACAAGGUGUUCUACUACAUCACUCAUCCAUAUAUCAUUAUUCAUGUAUUAAUCUUUAUUUAAUUGCAUUGGUAUUCACUGGCAUGGAGACAAAAUAAAUAUAAAUGCUACUAUA